AUGUCGGAAAUUGAGUUCUUUUUGCCGCAACUUUGCCACUUGCUCAUAAGUCGCACAACAGAAUCGGUCGCGUUGGAAUGUUUUAUACUAGAGAGCUGCGAAAAAUCAACACACAUGGCAAUUCUGACAUUGUGGUAUCUGCAAGCUUACCGGUCAGACUUGUCAUCGAAUCCUAAUUCGCCUGCGUUCGCCGUGUGUAAACGAGUGUUGAAUAAAUGUCAGGCAAUUGUUUUCGCCGAGAAUCAGAAUGCUGAAGAUAAAGGCGUGACUAAUCGUGACUGUUCUCCAAGAAAAGUACGCGAAAAUACAUUUCCAGCAUUCGUGGGAAUUGGUGCUAUGCUCGCAGGGAUUGCUACCCCAAUGUUAAUGAAAAGCCCAGGUCACAUUGCUAUCGCACAAGGUAGAAGACUACGGUCAUUUGUUAAUGGCCCGACUGGAGGGCAUGUACGAAGAAAAACCGCGACAGGUACAAUGCAAAUAACCAAAACACAAUCCGAAUUUUCAGCGGAAGAAAUAUUAAAAGGAGCUUUGCAUAAAGAUGAUUCUCUUCCACAUGAUCCUUUAAUCGAGACAAAAAAUGAGACAUUGGUGGAAGAAGAAAAUAAAGAAAUUUUAUCUAAAGAUAGUAAUACGCAUGAUGAAAUAAAGUCGCACACAGAAAAAGAAAGCGUAGUACAUGAUCAGGUGAUUAUUCAUCCAGUAAGAAAGGAUAGCGAUUUAUCUAAAGAUACUCGUGUCCCAAGAGGAAAGAAAGAAGCUUUGGAGAAAGACCAUACACUCAAUAUUUACGUAGAAAGUGAAUCUCAAUCGAAAACUUCGGUAGAGGUUUUCGCUAACAACACUUCCUUAAUUACCUCAAAUGAACAUUCGCUUUCAACCAAUGUUAAUAAACCGCAUACGCGAAGUUUGUCUCGUUCUUCUUUUUCAUCAUCUUCUCCUGAUCUUCGAAUUGGCGUUACUGAAGAAGUUUUGAAAUCUCCAUCACUAACAGAUUUGCAUCAAGGAAAUAUAUUUUCCUUACAUAAACCCGGCGUCAGCAUCACAAAAACCAGGCCUCAGUCUGCAUCUUUUCCGUCAGAUAAUACCUUAACAGACGAACACGAUAUUGAUUUUUCGCAUUUACGUGCAUCACGUGAAGUAUCCAAUAAAAAUUUGUUAGAUGAAGCGGAAGAAUCUGGUCCAGAGAGACAAAGACGACUUCUUAAAGGGAAUUUUUUUCAUUCUGAAAUGCAGUUCUUGCUAGCAUUGCAAGAUAUUUCGACAAGAUUGAUUAUUGUUCCCAGAGAAACAAGAUUAAGUACUUUGAGAGCAGAAUUAACUUUACUCAACCAUAACUUACCAGCAGAGAUUUGUAUACCCCUUUGGUGUCCAUCUACGUCCGAAAACCCAUUUCACCAUCGCGUUGUAAGAAUUUCACCUAGCGAUGCGGUGGUCUUAAAUUCUGCGGAUAGGGUACCUUAUUUAUUAAUGGUCGAAGUACUUGAGGAAGAUGCGAGUUUCGAUAUGUCAAAACUACAGAUACGUCGACCUUUAAAUCGCCUACUUCACGAAGACAAGCCUGUUGGAGAAACAGCUGAAUCACCAAUACCUGAAGACGAAGCUAAGGAGAAAGAAGCAUUCGAAAAGAUCGAACAGCAAGAGCAAGAGGAACAUAAAUUUUUACAUAAACCAAUAACUGAGGUAGAAAAAGAAACAGAAUUAUUAUAUGAUUCAGAUAAGCAAGCCUCUUCUCCUCCUUCAAGUACUUUGUCAUCCCCAUCAGUUGCCCAUCUGAAAUUACCAUCAUCAAGGUCUUCUAAGAGGGCUGAAUCAUUAGACAAAGCUUCGAACCUUCCGAGUUUAUCCUCAAUUAAACAUUAUGAUCAAAAUUCUACAAAAACUGAGAUGACAGCUCUACCAUCUAAUGAAAAUGAUAAUGAUGAAAGCGAUAAACUUUCUUUCCCUCUUUUUUCAUCUUCAACGUCAUCUUUAUCUGAAUCCAACACUGAAUACCUUAAAGAAGUAAUGAAUCGUCGACUAUCCAACUCUGCCGAUGAAUUUGCCGAAAGAAUGCGAACUGCUGCUGUAAUGCUCGCUCAAUUAAAUACUGCACAACAAGGGCGUACAUCUACAGUUGCUGGCGCAUCUAAUACUACCCCAAAGACAAAGGCUGAUACAGAAGCAAUAAGGCAGAAAAUCAUCAAAGAAAUGAUGACUUUAGAGGAAGAAAGAAUGUUAAAAAUGACUACUGAAGGAGUUACUAGUGGCGUAGGUGGAAGUGGUGGCGAAGGUGGCGGAGGUGAAAUGCUAGAAGAUGAAAAGCUUGUAUUGAAUGCCGUUAAUAAGGAUGACCCUAGUGCCGCUGUAUUUAGGGAAGAUUGGGGAACAAAAAAGCAACGGAUACGCAAAGCCUCACCUUAUGGCCAUUACCCAAAUUGGCAACUAUUAUCUGUUAUUGUUAAAACAGGGGCAGAUUUACGACAAGAACAGCUUGCUUGUCAAUUGAUUAAAGAGAUGCAAAGAAUAUGGCAGGAUGCCGGAGUCGAUGUUUGGGCCAAAUAUUACCGGGUUUUAGUUACAUCAGACAAUUCUGGUUUAAUUGAAACUAUUACAAAUUCAAUCUCAAUACAUUCUAUUAAAAAAGAUGCUUACGCCAAGAGAUUAAAUGAGAAAGGGUUUAUGUUUACAUUGUUCGAUUACUUUGUAAAGACAUUUGGUGAUGUUUCAUCCGAGGCUUUUCUUCGAGCGCAAGAUAAUUUUAUGCGUAGUCUUGCUGCUUAUUCACUCGUGUCAUAUAUUUUACAAGUGAAAGAUCGUCAUAAUGGCAACGUAUUAUUAGAUACAGACGGACACUUAAUACAUAUAGACUUUGGUUUUAUGCUAUCAAAUUCUCCUGGAUCUGUUGGGUUUGAAUUGGCCCCAUUCAAAUUAUCUCAAGAAUACCUGGAUAUUUUGGGAGGGGUAACAAGCGAAAAAUUCAACGAGUUCAAAACGCUAAUAAAACAGGCGUUUACUGCUCUAAGAAAACAUGCUGAUAACAUAGUGCUAUUGGUUGAAAUGAUGCAAAAAGACUCCAAAUUACCCUGUUUUGCAUAUGGAGAAAUAACAGCCUCGCAAUUAAAAGAUAGAUUUCAAUUAUCGCUCACCGAGCCACAAUUUGAAGAAUUUGUUGAGCGGUUAAUAAUGAGUAGUUGUUGUAAUGUAUUUACGCGUUUGUAUGAUACUUUUCAAUAUUAUAGUAAUGGAAUAUUGUAA